AUGUCCAAUCCUAAUCAACUUUUCCUCCUGGCCGACCACAUCAAGCUCUCCCUCCUCGAGCGCCAACGUGCAAUCUCUCUAAACCUCGAGCCAAACUCCCAAGAUGGCCACAUCUCGCGCUCCCUCGAAUCCUUCCGCGCCGGCCUCGAAAACAUCGCCGUCGAGAGGGAAAGUCUAGAAGACGCCGGAGACACUGCCGCCCUCGCAACCCUCAAGCAAUCCGAACUAUCCCUCCAAACGCAAUACGACGACCUAACCUCUCAAUUCCACGGCUUCCCCUCCAGCACCCCCAGCAGCCUCUCCCAACCCAACGACCCCUCCCUCGCCGCCGACUUCGCCCACGCCUCCUCCCACCCCCAGCGCAGCAGCUCUCUGCUCAAGAAAUCCCUCCGCGGCCCCUCCGGCGCCGCCGCCUCUUGCCCAAAGUCCGUGCGAUUCUCCGACGCUCCCAGCGCCGCUGCCGAGGACCCGGCGAGGGCCCAACUAUUCCCCUACCGCGAUGACCCCAUCAAUGCAUCCACAGACCAGAGCCAGCUCGAUAACCAGCAGAUCCACACGUACCACAGCGAGGUGCUAGCGGCGCAGGAUGAGCAGCUCGAUCGGUUGGGGGAGAGUAUAGGACGGCAAAGGGAAUUGUCGAUUCAGAUUGGGGAUGAGCUUGAUAGCCAGGUGGCGAUGCUGGAUGAGGUUGAUGGGUUGGUGGAUCGGCACCAGGGGAGGUUGGAUCAGGCGCGGAAGAGUCUGGGGAAUGUGGCGAGGAAGGCGAAGGGGAAUAUGCAGGUUACGACUAUUAUUGUGUUGAUUAUCAUUUUGGUGCUGCUGAUUAUUAUACUGAAGUAGGCGGGCAGGGAGGGAAAGGGGAGGGAAAG